AUGAAGGGGAAGGAGGAGAAGAAGGAGAAGGAGAAGAAGGAGGGCGGCGCGGGGCUGCCCGGCGGAGGCGAGGCGGGCGGCCUGGCAGGCGGCGGCCUCGGAGGCAUCGGAGGAGGCAGCCCGGAGAAGACCCGCAGCGCCCAGGAGUACAAGGAGCAGGGCAACCGGCUCUUCGUCGGCCGCAAGUACCCCGAGGCCGCCGCCUGCUACGGAAGGGCCAUCAACCGCAAUCCCUUGGUCGCCGUCUACUACACCAACCGCGCCUUAUGUUACCUAAAAAUGCAACAGCACGACAAAGCUCUAGCUGACUGCAAGCACGCCUUGGAGUUGGACGGCCAGUCAGUGAAGGCCCAUUUCUUCCUGGGACAGUGUCAGCUGGAGAUGGAGAAUUACGACGAGGCCAUUGCUAACCUUCAAAGAGCCCACAACUUAGCCAAAGAGCAGCGGCUGAACUUCGGGGACGACAUUCCGAGCGCCCUGCGCAUCGCCAAGAAAAAACGUUGGAAUAACAUUGAGGAGAAGCGGAUCAACCAGGAGAACGAGUUGCACGCUUAUCUCACCAAGCUCAUCAUGGCGGAGAAGGAGAGGGAACUCGACGAAUGCCAACGGGCCCAGGAGCAGGAGAACAUGGAUGAAAACCGGAGUCGGGCACAGUUGGCCAACAUCAAAGCCAAACACGAAAAAUAUCUAGCAGACAUGGACGAACUCUUCUCCCAGGUGGACGAGAAGCGGAAGAAACGGGACAUCCCCGAUUACCUAUGUGGGAAGAUCAGCUUCGAACUGAUGCGGGAGCCUUGCAUUACGCCGAGUGGGAUCACCUACGACCGGAAGGACAUCGAAGAGCACCUGCAGCGGGUCGGCCACUUUGACCCCGUCACUCGAAGCCCGCUGACCCAGGACCAGCUGAUCCCAAACCUGGCCAUGAAAGAGGUGAUCGACGCCUUCAUAUCCGAAAACGGCUGGGUGGAAGAUUACUGACCUCCGAAGGACGGGAACGCUCCUGGACACCUCCAGCUGCUACGACGACCAAGAAGGACCACCACCACCCCUCCGGACCGUGCCAGACUGCCCGCUGGGCCACCCCCAUGCCUUAGCAUCUUCCCCCUUUCUUCGCCCGCCUGGUUCAGCCGAGUUGAGGUCGGCUCCCCUUCCUUCCUCCAGCAGGCAGGAGGGCAGGGUAGCUCCGUGGCUUUCAUGGUCUUCUGAACCGGAUCUCCUUCCGGGCAACAAGGAGACCUCAGCCUUGAUCAAGACAGGUUGGAAGAGGUUCCCAUCACAGAAGCUCAAGGCUCGGCGAGUUAACCUUUUCCCGGGCUUUGUAAGGGCCACUUUACCCCAAGCCCGUCUGACUUUGGUAGCACACCGUUAGCCCCUUCCCACUUCCACCCAGAUCCCUUCGCCCCCUUGCUCGGCACGCCUUCUUCCCCACGCCGUCGGCCCCAGCAAAGGACCUGGCCUCUCCGUGGAGCAAAGACUGGAUCCAACCUACCCACCCACCCACCCACCCACCUACCUUCCGGGAGACCCCUCCAGCCUUUGCUUCUUCUCCUGGUCUCUAUCUGUACAAAGUUUUUCCUUCUCAACCUCCCAUUUUCCUGCCUGUUCAGAAGAGCCCGAACGAAGUUCUGCAUCAGCUUCUCUGUAAAUAAACGGCCACCGAUUUGGGGGCGCAUCAGGGAGGGGCGGAAAGAGACGGUUCCUUAUUUCUUCUUUUCUCAAAGCGGACCAGAAUCGGGAGAACCGGUUGGCAGAAAAAUUGUAUUGAGAUAGAGAGAGAGAGCGGAGCUCCGUGGUUCCAUUCUAGGUUGUUUGUUUUUACUAUUAUAGUAUUCAAAAAAGUUUUAUGUUUUCGGGUUGGUUUUGAAUUAAACUCCUCCCCCUCCUCCCCACUUCAAUCAUC